AGGGCCACUGCGGUCAGGAGGCUGACUGGUGGCAGCCGAGGUCGGGGAGGGGAGAGGCAGAGGCAUCAGAAGAGAGUUCAGACUCUGCUUUCCAAGGUGUCGCCAUUGCCCCUCCCCAUCUGCGUGUGCAGAGGCUGUGCUGGCUUCUGUUUUUUCUCCUUCCAGAUCCUUCUGAAACCCCACUUUGCCCAGAAGGCAACCCAGGCCACCUCUGCCCUGUCCAUCCACUGCAAGCCACUGGCUGUACCCCAGUUAUACACAGAAGAGCACUCCUCUGCACUAACCCAACUGAGACUGCAACCUAGCUCCCUGCCUCAGUCUCCCGACAGUGGGAGUGAGACACCAGGCCUGCAGCAUGCCUCCUCGGAACUCUGGAAAAGGAACAAUUACAGGUGGAAAGAAGACAGAAGCUGGUAAAAGAAGCCUUCCAAGGAGGUGAACUCAGAGACCUGAGGCCACUUGGAGAAGGAGAAUUCAAGUCAGGAAACAGCAGGGCAGACAGUACCCAGCCUUAGGCUGGCUGGAGCGCAGAGCUGGAAGGUGGCCAGCUCCGCUCUGGGCAGGGGUCGCCCAUGCAGUGGUACACGGGGCAGGGGGCAUCUGCUCUAUGCCCAGCCCUGCCACCUGGCUCAGCUUGCCCCUGAGGGAGGUGACAGUCACAGUCCCUACGGAACUUUCCUACCAGCCCAUCACCCUCCCCACAGCACUCCGGGAACCUUCUCCAACAAAGAAUGUGCAACUGAUACCAGUUACCCAUGGGCCCCUAUUCGAGAGAUGCCUGAGCUUUUCUCUGAGGAGCUGACCCACCCCAAAUGCGAGUGGGGGAGGGGUGGGAGCCUCAGCCGCCUCUCCUCUCCUCUUCCAGGCCCUUCCUUUGCAGCCGGCUCACCAUGGUGCUCCAGCCACGACGCUGCCAAGUGUGCUCCGUGCCAGGGCUGAGGCCUGGGGUUGGGGGAGGCCAAUGGCUGCCAGUGGUCCUGGAGCCCCUCGCCUAUUCUCCAGAGAGCCUGAAACUUUCCAGGGAGAGGCACGGCUAGCUCUGCUGGGUGCCCAGAGAGCCGAUGUUGGCGGGGAGGCAGCUGGUACCUCCAUCAACCACUCCCAGGCGGUGCUCCAGCGCUUGCAGGAGCUGCUGCGACAGGGCAACGCCAGUGACGUGGUUCUGCGGGUGCAGGCUGCGGGCACCGACGAGGUCCGGGUCUUCCACGCCCACCGCCUGCUGCUGGGACUACACAGUGAGCUGUUCCGGGAGCUGCUGAGCAACCAGAGCGAGGCGGUGCUGCAGGAGCCACGGGACUGCGCCGCGGUCUUCGACAAGUUCAUCAGGUACCUGUACUGCGGGGAGCUGACUGUUCUGCUGACCCAGGCCAUCCCCCUGCACAGGCUGGCCACCAAGUACGGCGUGGCCUCCCUGCAGCGCGGCGUGGCCGACUACAUGCGCGCGCACCUGGCGGGCGGCGUGGGCCCGGCGGUGGGCUGGUACCACUACGCGGUGGGCACCGGGGACGAGGCCCUGCGCGAGAGCUGCCUGCAGUUCCUCGCCUGGAACCUGUCGGCCGUGGCGGCCAGCGCCGAAUGGGGCGCCGUGAGCCCGGAGCUGCUGUGGCAGCUCCUGCAACGCUCGGACCUGGUGCUGCAGGACGAACUGGAGCUGUUCCAAGCGCUGGAGGCCUGGCUGGGUCGCGCGCGGCCGCCCCCUGCCGUGGCCGAGCGGGCGCUGCGAGCCAUCCGCUACCCCAUGAUCCCACCCGCACAACUGUUCCAACUGCAGGCGCGCUCGGCCGCCCUGGCGCGCCACGGCCCCGCGGUGGCCGACCUCCUGCUGCAGGCCUACCAGUUCCACGCCGCGUCGCCGCUGCACUACGCCAAGUUUUUCGACGUCAACGGCAGCGCCUUCCUGCCCCGCAACUACCUCGCGCCCGCCUGGGGCGCCCCGUGGGUCAUCAACAACCCGGCCCGCGACGACCGCAGCACCAGCUUCCAGACGCAGCUGGGCCCGAGUGGCCACGACGCGGGCCGCCGGGUCACCUGGAACGUGCUCUUCUCACCGCGCUGGCUGCCCGUCAGUCUGCGGCCCGUUUACGCGGACGCCGCGGGCACAGCGCUGCCCGCCGCGCGCCCGGAGGACGGCCGACCGCGGCUGGUGGUGACGCCGGCCAGCAGCGGCGGCGACGCGGCGGGCGUGAGCUUCCAGAAGACCGUGCUGGUGGGGGCGCGCCAGCAGGGCCGCCUGCUGGUCCGCCACGCCUACAGCUUCCACCAGAGCAGCGAGGAGGCCGGCGACUUCCUGGCGCACGCCGACCUGCAGCGGCGCAACUCGGAGUACCUGGUGGAGAACGCCCUGCACCUGCACCUCAUCGUCAAGCCCGUAUACCACACCCUUAUCCGGACCCCCAAGUAGCCUCGGGGUCGGGGAGUAAAGGCCUGGCCUAGGUGCUCCUUGUGGGUCUGGGAAGGGCAAGGCGAGUGUGGAGGUGGCAACAAGCCUGGUAUCCUGGAUGGCCAGGUGCCGGCCACCCUAGGGCUGGGGUGGAGUCCAGGUGAGGCGUGGUAGACAAGAUGCCUGGUUUCAAGAGCUGAUUUCACAGCUGACUUGAAGGAACAUUCUUGGUCCUGAAUAAACCGAUGCUCAGAGUGGUAA